UCUGCGACACAAGCAUGAAAGCAUGGAGUCGAGCGGUUAACUGGGUGUUUUCCGGUAUUCUCUUCUAGGUUUUGAUAUCGAAAAGAGGAGAAGACCAAAACAAUGGAGCCACAGACCAAACGCUGGAAGGGAUCGGAGUGUGACACCGACUCCUGGGUUGCUUAUCCUGUACUGUCAGAUGAGCAGUCACAAGACGUCGAGCUGGUAGAGGCGUAUGCUGCACCCAUUGUCAACAAGAAGGAGACAUCUCGACUGGUCCGGGAGCUGAACAGCCUCUACCCGUUGACUGACCUUCAGCAUGUCAAGAGGGUGCGGGCGGUCAAGCAGAAGGGCAGCCCUCACCCUCUGGAAGUCCUUCUGUGCCUGGUCAGUGACGCACGAGCCAUGAAGGUGGUCAGCAUCGACUCUCUGCUCCCCUCAGAUGGAGUUAAAUCAGACGGACUGGGUGAGCCUUUUGUGGUUAAGGUCCCUGCACGUCCCCCCUUGACCCGACCCCAGUUUGAGCUGGCGAGCAAACACUGGCCGACCUCCUUUCACGAGGACAAACAGGUGACCGUCGCCCUGAGAGGAGAGCUCUUCGGCGCGCCUCAGAAAGCCAGGAUGCACGUGUACAUGACCUCUGCUUUGACUGCUGCCAGAGCAGCGAACGAGUUGGGAAUGGAGGCGGUGGGGGCCGUGAUGGUCGACCCAGCGAUGGAGAGGAUCAUUGCGGUGGGCCAUGACUGCAGAGGCGAUCACCCUCUUCAUCACGCAGUCAUGGUCUGCAUUGACCUUGUGGCUCGGAGCCAGGGCGGUGGAUGUUACACCUAUGACAGAUACCCUGCAUGCAGCUUUACUUCACUAACCUCAGACACCGUUCAGAAGGUUCCUGGUGCAGAGGCGAGCUCUCAGCCGUACAUAUGCACUGGGUAUGACCUUUAUGUGACCCGGGAACCUUGUGUCAUGUGCGCCAUGGCGCUGGUGCACUCCCGGAUAGGUCGCGUCUUCUAUGGGAGCGUCUCUGCUGACGGGGCCUUCGGGACCAAAUAUAAAAUCCACUCGCAGAAAGAUUUGAACCAUCGCUUUGAGGUUUAUAAAGGAGUCUUGGGCAAGCAGUGUGAGGAUCUUAACAGUUUGGACGAGCACGUUAAAAGGGAAAGUAGAUAAACAAAUGUAUUUUAAUUCAUCAGCUGGAAAACUCUUUGAAUUCUCGUUAUCACUGUUUUACUUUUGCAUUUAUUUUAAAUAAAGUUUUUAAUCAUG